AUGGAGCAGACUAAUACUGAGCUUUCGUUCCACAUUUUAAGACAGAACGAUGCUGGGAAUUUCUUUAAUAAAGUCCAGAACCAAGAUUUUGUUAGCGAUGAUGGAAUCAGAAUAAAUUUUCAUCCUUCAAAAAUAGUCGAGAAUGACGUUCCUACCGUAUAUCAAAUUCGGAACGACGGACCCUCUACUUCUGAACCUUCUAUGAAUCUGAACCCUCCGAACCUUCUAUGA